AUGGAGGCCAUACACACACAGGAGGCGCACCCCGCCUUCCGGGGCGUGUUUUCGGCCGGCAGCAGCGAGGAUCUGGCGCAAAUUUACGAUCUCUGGGCGGUGACAUACGACAACACUGUCGCACACGACUUGGCAGGCGGAGGCGAGAACCAUCCGACGACGGGGCUCGCGGCGACGGUCGCAUCGGCGCUCUCACGUGCUGAUCGCGACGGCGUGCGCACGAUUUUGGACUGCGGCGCCGGGACGGGCGCUGCCGGCCCGCUGUUGAGGCAACACUUCAGUCGCGCAGAGUCCAUAGUGGCAUUCGACCUCUCCAAGGGAAUGCUCGAGCGAGCGGCUGCUCGAGGCGUCUACUCGGACAGAAUAGUCGGGCGCUGCCCCGACAUGGGUCCCGCCUUGGCAGCGUGCCCGGAUGGUUAUGACUUCAUAUUCUGUGCCGGGACUUUCACGCCAAACCACGCGCCGGCGUCCACCUUGGAGAGCUUGGCAAACAUCCUGCGACCGGGGGGGCACGUUGCGUUCAACAUCCGGUCGUACUACUUCCAGGCCGAGAGCAGCGGCUUCCGGCGCGAGCAGGCCCGGCUCUGUGCCGAGGGCCGCUGGGAGCUCGUGGCGGAUGAGGAGCGGCCGUAUUUGCCGAAGGAGGGCGUCAAGGCGCGCUGCUUUGUGUUCAGGGCGGUUAUAGGUAGCGAAAUGGCAAAUGAAAAGAGAGGCUGA